AUAGUGAUCAAACAAUGUAUCUUUUGAUACGAAUUCUUUUAACGCAAAUACUAUUGGCGUACUUUGUCAUUGGUAGUCCAGAAGAAGAACAAGGUGUUAAGUAUGCAAAUAAAUGUGAAGUUUGCAAAGUCGUUGCCAUGGAAUUGGAGGCAAAAUUAGAUGAAACUGGAAAAACACACGAUGUACUUGAAAUUGGGUAUUCAGUUGAUGACGUUUUGCCUAAGAAAAAAAAGGAAUACAAAAAAUCAGAAUUACGUUUAGUGGAAAGUAUGGAAGGUCUUUGUGAAAGAAUAUUAGAUUAUAAUAUUCAUAAGGAACGCUCAGAUAGUACAAGGUUUGCUAAAGGAAUGAGUCAAACAUUUAAAGCACUCCAUGGACUUGUAAAUAGAGGUGUUAAAGUUGAAUUAGGAAUUCCAUUCGAAUUAUGGGAUAAACCUUCAGUAGAAAUUACAACUUUGAAGACUCAAUGUGAAAAUUUACUUGAAAAUCAUGAGUCUGACAUUGAAAAUUGGUACCAUAGUCACCAAGGAGAAAUUCCUUUAAUUAGAUAUUUGUGUUCAGAACGAGCUUUAAAGGGUGGGUAUGAUUCUUGCCUGGAAGAAAAAAGUGAUCAUGGGAAAGGUAUUAAGGAUAUAAAGAAAAAGGAAAAUGCACCUAGUAAAGAAAAUGAAAAGGAUAUGAAAGAAGAAUUAUGAAUUAUUAAAACAAACGUUUUACUAGUUUUUUAUAAUG